CUUUUACUUUCCGUUUCCAGCUUUCUUUCACUACUGUUGUUCUCAUCCUUAAACCCCACAACCCAAAAAGCAAAAACCCUUCUCUAACAAGCUCCAAUCCCCACUUUCUCACUCCCUUUUCUCUAUUCCGAUAAAAUGAACUUCGGCGAAGCCAAGAACCCUUCAACUUUCUCACCUCCCAAACAACAAAACCAACCCCAACUCAACCUCCAACAAGCCUUCGCCACCUUUCAACACAAUUGCUCUGGUUUCUUCCAUCAAUUCUCCCAACUCCCUCUCUUCAACCCCAACCCUUCUUCCCUCAAAACCCAUCUCCAAACCACCCUCUCCGACCUCCAAAACCACGCCAAAAACGCAUUUGCCGCCGGAAUUUCGCGUUUCGAACCGGGUUCUUCAUCCGGGUCUAACCCGGUUUGGGCCCGGAUUUCCACAAACAAUGAGACCCAGGUUGCCGCUGCAGGGCCCAAUUCUCGCCCUCGCCGGCCGCGAACUGGCAUGUCGAUUGAGGCCAUCGAGGAGCGCCUGGCGGGUAUCCCCGUGUAUGCUCUUAGCAAUUCGGCUGACGAGUUCGUGUUGGUUUCGGGCACUUCGUCUGGGAAAUCUCUUGGGUUGUUCUGUUUCAAGAAAGAGGACGCCGAGGCGCUUCUUGGGCAGAUUGAAAGUUUAGACCCUGGAAUGAGGAGUGGGUCCAAAGUGGUGCCUGUUGCUUUGAACAAGGUUUUUCAGCUCAAAGUUGAUGGUGUGUCGUUUCGGUUGAUUCCUGAGACUUCUCAAGUGAAGAAUGCGAUUGUGGAGAGGGAAAAGGCUGGUGUUUCUGAUGAUAGCUUUCCCGGGGUUCCAGUUUUCCAGUCAAGGAGCUUGAUUCUCCGGAGCCAAAACAAGAGCUACCACCCAGCAUUUUUCAGAAAGGAGGAUCUCGAAAAAUCGAUGAUAAGAGCUUCUCGCGAACAGGGUCGGUUAAAUCCUGGCUUCAAACCAGGGGCAAUCGAGGUUGCUGUUCUUGAGGAUGUAAUAAAGGGAAUGAAGGAGAGCUCUACAUCAAAAUGGGAUGAUAUUGUUUUCAUUCCACCAGGAUUUGAUGUCUCUACCAAUCCUACUGAAGAAGACACCAAAUGAAUAGGCAAUGACAUCUUUCACAAGCUCAUCAAGUUUGUACAAAACAAAAGUAAGUUUCUUUCUAUAUGUUGGCAUUGUUGAGUUAAUGCGUAUACAAAGGAAUAUUACUAAGUUAGGGCUUAGAUUUAAUGUGUAUCUACCCAAUUGCCAUGCAAUGCACUCACAAUUUUUCAAGUAAUAUGAAUCUCUUAUUAUUAUGAUUA